AUGACGAUACGAGAUUCCCCUUCAAUUGGUGACAGAGUAGGGGUUGAUCAGAAGAGAGGGUUCAUCCGAUAUAUUGGCUCUUUGCAUAUUGCACCAGACAGUAAUGAGGUUUGGUUAGGGAUCGAAUGGGAUAACCCCGGAGAGGGGAAACAUGAUGGAGUCCUUCAAGGGAAACGAUACUUUAGCACCAAGUAGGAGCAUGUUUCUCGCUUUUGUUUUUUUUUUAGAUAUCCUGAUUCCGGAUCAUUUGUUCGUCUGAAAGAUGUAAAUCUUGGUCAAGGUUUCUUGAAAACGGUGGAAGAUCAUUAUUCCGGCAAGGACGAUCAACUUGAAGGCGUUGAGAUUGUUCUCAAGGAAGCAGAGCUUGAUUUUAAGUAGGUUACAACGUUUUUGCUUAUUUAUAUUUUAGUUGGAUUUAUCAGCAACGAUUGAUUGUCCUCGAGAACAAAUUCAUCCGGUUUCUUGAAAGGGAUGUGUCUCAGAACUUCCCUAAAUGCAUCGAGUUGUCAAUGGCAAGGAACAUGCUGUCUGAUUGGAACCAAGUUUUCCGUAUCAUUGAUCUCUUUCCUUCACUAGUCACUUUAGAUAUAUCGUAAGUUAACUUUCUUUUAUUGCUAAUUUUUAGGCUGAACAAACUAAAACCAUUGGAGCCGAUUGAUUGCGUUUAUCCUACAGUUGAGUCGUUGAACGUAGUUUCUUGUGGACUGGACGUCAAAACCGUCUCUGAGCUUCAUCGUCACUUUCCCAACCUCAAGAAGUUGUUCUUGGUUGGAAACGAGUUGGAAGAAGUCCCGGAUCUGACAAAUUUGGUAAAACUUGAGGUACUAGAUUUGUCAAAGAACCCGUUGGUUGAUUUCAAGAAGGUCUCAAAAGUAAAAAAUUGUUCCCGGUAAGUUCUUAUUAAAUUAUUUUUAUAUCGGUUUAGAUUGAAUACACUUAAUCUCAAGGAAUGUGGAUUUCGUUCCGUUGAAUUUGAUGAGGAUGUUGGUUUCCCGUCGUUAGAAUGCCUCUGGCUGGAUGGUAAUCCGAUUGGUGAUGUAAGUUGGACCUUAUUUUGAUUGAUUAUCUUGUUUUAGUGGGAAUCAAUCAACCAAAUUGCACGUUUGCCAUCACUGAAGAACUUAAGAAGUGGUGAUUUAUAUACGUCUGAUCGAAAUCUUCAAGCAUAUGAGAUACUGAUUGCCAAGCUUCCCACCAUCAAUAUUCUGAACGGGUGCAUCGUAUCGCCUUGGGAGAGGUCAAAUUGCGAGAAAUUCUUCCAACUUCGGUUCAGUGAACCUCCAAUUCCACAAGUUCAUGAGAAGGAUGUCCAACGGUUUAAUGCCAAAUACGGACCGGUCUAUGAGAAGCCGCCGGAGGGGAAAUAUGAGACUCAACAGCGGAAGAUUUCUCUAACUUAUAAUGGAAAAACGAUCACAAGAACACUCCAAUUGAGUCUGAAUAUUGAACACAUUGUGGCCAUGGCCUCCCGACUACUCAGAUUUGAGCCCUCGAAGGUAGAAGUGAAGGUGGAGGUGCAGAAAGGCGUCUUUGAUUCGGUAGAGUGGAAUUCUUCGGUGGUUCUGAGGAGUUUUGAACCUGAAGACGGCAUGGAAAUUGUGUUUUCGGACGCGUAG